UGUCAAUAACAAUAUAGCUGUUAAAGGUGUAUAAAUACACAGAUGGAGAAAUGGAAAACAAUAUAUAAAAUAACUAUCCUGUGACAUAUAUUAAUGCAUUGUUACUUCUAACAACAUGGAAGAACCACCUUCAACAUCAGGAGGCAUAAAGCGCGCAAUACCACAGGAAUUCCAAGAUAAAAUGGACGAGACAGCUGCAAAACUACCGCGAGUAACAGCAACACCAGCAGUUUUAAAUGAUAAUCAGAAAAGACACCUGAUUGUGGGAGUAUGUCUUCACAGCGUAAUAUCACCAGCACUGAGGAAAUAUGUUAUUCCAAUUUUAACUCCACUUUAUGAAGAAUUAACCCUCAAACAGAAAAUUGAUACUCAAACAUAUUCAACACGUUUAAAGCAAUAUCAACCAACAAAAACCUUUCUGAAUUAUGACGCUGUCAACAACAACAAAGCAUUGUAUGGUUACCAAAGUGCACAGUACGACUACACAAUCAAGAGUGUUGUUGAUUUAUCCAAGCUUUUUCUACAGACACACAUGGCACAAUAUACAGGGUUUGACGAAACAUGCGAUUUUUCCGCGUUGUUUGGAUUAAUCAUCAACAUUGACAAGUUCCCUGCAGUGGUAAAGUCAAAUGCUAAAGAUGUACGAGACAAAGUAAGGAAUCAAUGGGCUCAUUGUGAUUUCACUAACUGGGACGCUGUAAAGUAUUCCGAUUCAUUCCAGCUGAUGACGAACCUUGUAAAGAACCUCUGUCUGAGUUCCAACGAAGAAAAUCAAACCUUACUGGAGUUGAAAAAAUGGGAAAUCAUUGGUAAUAAAUUAAUAACUAUGAGUUCUUGA